AUGAGUUAUCAUUCUUCCAAGUCGGCAGAGGAUGAUGAUCCCAUCUUUGCUUCCCUGGGCACACUCGGCGCGCGCAUGAGUGGUUUGGGAGCGGCCCGCCCGAAAACGGUCGGCUGCUAUGUCUUAGAAGGCAGUGACUUUCCCGAUUUCGUGGAACGAGAUUUCAUGAACUGGGGCAUCACCGUGACAAUCAAGAAGGAUCCCUCAAAAUUGUCCUCUCGAGGCCUCCUCAAAUAUUCUGGGGAAGGCUUUAAAGAAAGACAGGAAGCCCAUCUACGGACGGCCAAGUUGGUCGACGUGUAUUCGCCCAACCACCUGGAAUUCUUGGCUACUUUCGACACCGGCGCCGGAGAUGGACCACCGGCCGAGUUUGACGGCAAACGUAUCGAACAGCAGGCGUUACGAGUCUUGGAAUUCGGCAUUGGAGAGAAUGGUGAUGGUACCACAGUAAUUCGCUGCGGCGAGCACGGCUGUAUGGUUGCUGCUCGUUCAUACCCCGUCCGAUGGUUCCCAGCACUCCACGAAUCAUCUCGUGUUGUGGAUGUCACUGGCGCAGGGAACGCGUUUCUGGGUGCCUUCGCAGUCACACUGAACAAUACCUCCGACCUUACCGAAGCGGCCAUUGCAGGCACCGUAGCGGCGAGUUUUGCCAUAGAACAGGUUGGCUUGCCUCAUAGGACAACCUCGCAACACGGCGAGGAUCUGUGGAACGGCGAGUCAUUCGCAGCCAGGAUGGACCAGUAUCGUACCGUAGUUGCGGUCCACUCUAACUCAUGA